AUGACGACCGGCUUCAUGGUGCAAAACAUCAAGAAAUUGCUCGGCAACCAGAUCCAUGGCGCAGGCAGCGUCCUCGUUACUGACUAUACCUACAAAAUAUCUGCGUCCGGGUGGGGCCUAGGCUUGUUUGGUCUCACCCAAAAGCCCGUGGCGCGGCAGGAAGGCUCCUUGCCGCAAACAGAGGUGGUCCUGGCCGCCUUGUGCUGGGUACCGAAGGAGAACACAGUGAGCAUAGCCGCGGCCAUGAGCAGCUUCGUGCAUUUGAUGCAGCGGCAUGACAUCGAUACACUGAAGGUCAAGUUCGUCUGCAUGGACGGGACCGAUGCUGGCAAGCUCGCGGCCUGCAAGGUUUUGCCGACGUUGCGUCAUCAGCUGGACCUUCACCAUGUUUUGCGUGCGAUCCGCGACGUCAAGGUGGCCACGUGUGGUCACAAAAGCAAUGCUGUGCGGAUGGCACCCCAGGCGCGUGAAUUGGAGCUACAGCCUGCCAACGUGGACCUGUUCCACGCCGUGUGGCAGAGUGUCCUGUGCGAACUGGCUGCGACGGAGUCGUACGCAUUCCUGGCUUAUGUGCAGUCCGAAGUUUUGAUGUUGGUGAACGAACAGUGGCGCGCAGCCUGGGCGGGAGGUCUCGAGGCGGCAGUGCCCGGCCACAACACGGGCACUGUCACCCAGAGCUUGGAGAGAGCCUGCAUCUACUUGCGUUUGGGCGUGCCACCGAUUGGCUACGUCCUCCUCGUGGGCGGCGCGCGGUCUACGGACGCUUCCGGGAGGGAGGAAACGAGAAACCAACAAUAUCUACACUGGGAGUUCCCCCGGGUUAGCGGGCCCUUUAUGCACCUCGUGCUCUCAACUCUGGUGGAGGGGGCGUGGCAGCGUGGCAUGCCUGGUGGCAGUCGGGGGGUCUGCGGCGUUCUAAAGAGUCACAAAGGCGCGCCUUGGCUUCGGGACAAAGGGGGGGACAUUGAACGGCUAGAUCAAGCAAUAUUGCAGGCAAAGGAGCAAGACAGGGAAGCCAGAGGGUCCGGGGACGCUGGGGCUAUGGCAAGGGCUAGGCGGGAUUUACAGCAGUCCAGGCAGAUGAAACGCAGAACGUUGAGCAAAUGGGAAGUUGACUGGUUACGGGCUAAGGCUGAUGAGGCGAACGCACUGGUAGACAAACCCAAUGCAUCCAUGGUGUUUAGCGUAGUCAAGGAGCUUACGCAAGGGGCGACACGUAAGAAGACCGAUGGAGGGACACGGCAUGUCAUGAAUCAACAGGAGGUUGAGGAAUGGAAGGAACAUUUUCAGGCGAUCCAAACGGGCAGAGGGGAGGUCUCGGAAAAUGUCUGGGAGGAUAUGGAAUCGCGGGAUGUUUGUAUGGAGUUAGAUGACCCCCCCACGCAAGAGGAAGUUCGCCGAGCGGUAAAUGCCAUGAAGCGAGGCAAAGCCGGAGGGGAAGACUCCAUGGUGGCAGAAUACCUAAAGCUGGGAGAAAGCAAGUCAGUUAAACACGUGGGAGCAAUGCUGUCGGAGAGGGGCAAAGCUGCGAAACGUCGCAAACACGAUUUCAAGAAGAGUGUUCGCGUCAAGAUCCUCAAAGCGGCGGUCAAAGGGCCAGGGCAGUGCGACGCAGACCGGCAGCUGCAGAGGGACCACGUCUGGGGCGACACCUAUUGGUCACCUGCCCAACCUGCUAAGGUCGAAGAACUCGUCGGGACAGUUGAGGAGCAUGGACAGCGGUUGGAGCGGUGUGAACUCCGACUUGAGGACAUACAAUCCUACCGUUUCCUGCGGGUGGAGCAUUCGACGUCACUGGACAAGCUAUGGCAGGAUGUGGAGUCCGGGGAAGUGCUUAAGCCUGCUAUCCGCGGUACUGCUGCACAGGUGCUUUACAAGGAGCUUUGUGAAGUGGUGGGUGCUAUGCAGGACGAGGACGGGCUCAAGGCAAAGGCGGCGGAACUGUCUGGGGAUAAGCGACCUCUGCCGGAAGCAGCCUCGAGACGCGAGGCUGCGGAAGGAUGCAUUUUGGAGAACCUUGUGGAGUGGGUCUCGAGGGACUCCAAGGGGGUUAACAACAUACGGUUGUUGCCGGGGGAACCCUCUCGUUUGGUAUCUGAGCGGAUCAAGCGGACGCUCAAUUGGGCUCUGUACGUGUCGGCUAAGAUGCCAAAUGCCUCGAGUACCCUUCAGAUCUACAUGGACAGAGGACCUCGUACACGAGCCAAAGGAAAAGGAGAUGGCAAAGGCAAGGGGAAGGGAGGAAAGCAGGGAGGAAAAAGCAAAGGAAAGGGCAAGCAGGGGGGACGCAAGUGA